AGAUUAACUUCCGUGUGUGUCUGUGUGUGAACCCACUGCUGCUUCCGUGUCAUGUAAAGUUUCCUCUUCUGCUACCGGACCGUCCAUCGCUGCUGCUGCUGCUGCUGCCAGCAACAAACUUUAAUAAAAAUGCGAGCGAUUCCCGAGGAGCUGACGACGCUUAUCUCAGACCUAGAACAUUUCCUCAACGAUGGCUUAAAAGGAGAAAAUUUAAGCAAGAAGGCAAAAGAGAAGAGGGAGGCCUUCAUCAAACGGAUCAAGGAGGUCAAAUCUGGUUUCCCAAAUGAGUUUAAGGACAAAAUAGGUGAUGACUCAGAGGAGGAGGAGGAAGUUGACAGCAACAACGACGGAGGGUCGCUGCAGUCGGAGCGCACAGACAAGGAUGAGGACACUUGCGAAGGUGCUGCACCUGUGGCAGCUCAGGACCUGACAUCUGUCUUUAAAGCAGGAUACCUUGAGAAACGCAGAAAGGAUCACAGCUUUUUUGGCACUGAGUGGCAGAAGAGAUGGUGCGCUCUCAGCCAUCACACCUUCUACUACUAUGGCAGCGAGAAAGACAAGCAGCAGAAAGGCGAGUUCAGUAUCGAUGGCUACACUGUCAAAAUAAACAACACCUUACGGAAAGACUCAAAGAAAGACUGCUGCUUCGAAAUUUCCGCUCCAGACAAGCGAGUCUAUCAGUUCUGUGCGUCAUCGGUGAAAGAGGCGGAGGAAUGGGUGAAACAGAUAGACUUUGUUUUGAGAGAUAUGUCAGGCAUCAUCCCAGAGGAGGAAGAGGAGGAACAGGAAAUGUAUGAUGAUGUUGGAGCCCUAACUGAUACAGCUGAGCCUGUGCCGAUUGAUGAAGACAUCUAUGAAGAGCUCCCAGAGGAUGACAUACCCACUCCAGCAAAGCCUCCUCCAAAGGUGGAGCCAUCAAGCAAACCUGCUCCUCCUCCUGCAGUUGAUAAGAGCACAGACUACCAGAGCUACUACCAGGGCUUAUGGGACUGCACAGGGGACCACCCAGAUGAGCUGUCCUUCAAACGUGGAGAUGCCAUCUACAUCCUGAGCAAGGAGUACCAGAGUUUUGGGUGGUGGGUUGGAGAGAAGAAUGGAAAUAUAGGAAUCGUCCCCAAAGACUACCUAAUGGAGCUUUAUGCUUUAUAAAUGAUCAUUCCCUUCCCUAUCCAGUGUAAGAAACUGAUGAUUGGAAAAAAAGAUUUUCAUAUGACUGAAAUACAUGUUUAAUGUAUGUUUAUUUUCUGUUUAUUUCACACUGCUUGUUUGUAUUUAUUUUCUAUACAAUAUACACUUUUUCCACAACAUUUCAUGCUCUGCUUAUGGCAAAUUAGAAAUUUGUGAAUGGCAAGAUAAAUAAAGAUUCAAAAUUA